AUGCAUAUGUGGCCGCUGCCACCAGAGCCCGAAAAGCCGAAGACGCCGCCGCCACCACCAGCACCACCUGAGGGAGAAAUCGUGAACCUAGAUGAACUGCUCGGUCCGGGAAAGAAGGUCAAAGGUAAAGGUGCGAAGAAAUCCAUUCCUCCGCCAGCUCCGCCUCCUCCGCCCCCCGUACCAAGCCUUGAUGCUGUAAAUCCUACUGCUCCUUUAGACGCACCUGCACCUGCACCUGCACCUGGCGGAAAGGAAGUUGACAAAGCAUCCAAAAAAGCAGGCCCUGCGAAGAACGGUCCGAAGAAAGUGGUUCCCGCGAGCAGCUUCAGCGCUUGGAUGAUGGGUGGCAAAGCCGCCAAACCGCCUGCAAAGGCUUUAAAAGAGACAAAAAAGCCUGAUGGGGCUGCUGGAUCGCAGAACGGUGCGCCUGCCAACGAAGGCAGCUGCAUCGUCAUGUGA